CACCCUACCCUUCGUCUCUUGAUUGCUCUUCCAUCUAUCUGACUUCUCACCAGAUCCCGAUCUUGACUUCUCUGGCAUUUUCAUCUGUCGAUUGCUCCUUUCUACUCAUCUUCUCCAUCUGAUUUUUCCAUCCUUUUUCCCUUUUUCUGAUUUUGCAUAUCCCUCUGCCAAUUGCUCUCUCUACCCAUCUUCCAUCUGUCGCACUUUUCACCAGCCGCACCUUUUUCUUCACUUUUCCGGAUCCUCAUCCUCCUCAUCCCAGAUCCAGUGGGGUGGCCUCCAAUCUUCAAUGGGUAAACUCCCUUUUCUCAGUUUGUUACUGCAUUUUUUUUUUCCCUUUUUGAUUUGUAUAAAGCCUGGCUUUUGCUUUUAAUUUCCAUGUGAAUUUCUUAGUUUUCUUCCUGUUCAUCAAUCUGCAUGCAAUCUUCUCUACUUUGUCUUUCAAGCUGGAGCAAGCCAAGGUCACAUUUCUGCUGUUCCGUUGCCUAUUCUACUUGUUACCAGGUUCAGGAAUCCCUGCUUCGCAGAAUUGAGCCAUUAUUUUACUUGCAGCUUAUAAUAAUAGGAUUUGUUUACAAGAGGUGGGAUGCAUGCUUGAGAAGCUUUAAGCUCUAAGAUGGAAGACAAGGAAGGAGCCGGCAGCAAUCGUGUAUUUCUUUCGUACCUGGUUGUUGAAGGUUAUCUAUCAUGUAUUUUAUGUCUUAAGCUAGUAGCAGUUGCAGCAAUGGUUUCUUGUGCUUUAGCUAGUUAGUUUGUUCCUAGGCUUCUAUUCUGUUUUGUUUGGACCAUGUGAUUUUAUGUUCUGCCCUGUUUUCCGUUUAACUUGGUUUGAAGAAUUGCUAUUUGAGUAUUUUGGCUUGUAAGAAUUGAUCUUAAUUUAUGUCACCAUUGCAAUGAUUGUUAUGGCAUAGCGUAUUUGAGAAUAAUGGUUUCCAGGUGGG